AUGUCCUAUGUCUUCAACAUCAACCUUGUGUUGGGAAUACUUAUCAGUUUUGCCAUCUUGAUGUCAUUGUCCACACCAUGGUACUACAUCACAGAUGGUGAAGACCUAUACAUAUUCACAUGGUUCGAUAUAAAGGAUGACUUUAAUUCCAAGGAUACAGCAGUUUAUGCAGGGAGUAGGACAAAGUCAACAUUUAGGAUAAGCUUUGCAUUUGUGUUGCUGGCACAGAUUGGAUCGAUCACAAACUUGGCGUUGACAGUCAAUCUGAUUUAUCACAAGACCAUUCGUGCGAUAUAUAUGUCGGGCUGCGCUUCAGUCGUCACACUCAGUAUGCUGGUGAUUGGUUUCUUCCAAUUCUUUCGAAUCAGCACCAGCCUCCGAGAAGACGACUUUCUCAACUGCAAUGGCGUCUUCUCGCCCGAUGCCAUCACCUUUUGCCAUUCGAUGCAGGGCCAGUUCGUCGGGCCCAACGGCAAGGUGUGGGACUGGGAGCUGAUGCAUGGCUUCUGGGCAUGUCUCUUCUCGAUAAUGGCCGAGGCACUGAGCAUUGUCAUGUGCUUCACAUACUAUCACAAGAGUUUCAUUGAAGGCGCUCAACGAAUCGAUCUGUCCUUUGUACAUUUCUUCAACAAUGUUCGAGCGAUUCGAAAGUUGGCAUUUAGGAGCAAGGAUAAGCGACAGUAUAGUGCACUAAAUCAACUUAUAAUUGAGAGUAGUGAUGAUGAUGUGUUCAACAACAACAACAACAUUGACGGCAACAACAGCAAUGAUGUAGUCGACUACCAAUCAGUGACGUUACCACCUUCAAGCUUCAUCAUACCAAACAAUCUUAUACCAAUCAGUGGUGGCAAACAAUUAUAUUCAUUCCAACCUCUCAAUCAUAACAACAACAAUAAUGACAACAAUGACAACAAUGACAACAAUGACAACAAACAAUAUAUACUUGCACCUUAUGUACCAAAGUCAAAUACAUCGAGAUCAAGCUUUGACAAUAUAUUAUAUACCACCAACAACAAUAUCAAUGUCAGCAGUAGCGGUAACAUGCCAUCUCUGACAACUUCCACAUCAACUACAACUACGACGACAACUCUAAAUGCAUCAGGCAAACCAUUUACCAAUGCCGAGUCAUUAAUAUAG